CCUUUUUCUUUAACUUGAACAAAUUUUCCUUUCAUUCUUGCUUCCACGUUCCACCUAGAAAAACGAGUAACAUAUCCCGGACAGGACAAUGUGUCGUCCUCUUAUUGGUCCUCUUGGAAUCACCUGUAAAAAACCACCUUAUCUUGUGGGAUCUCUCACUUUCAAUCUGUAGAAAUAUUUGAUUUUUUAUAAAAUUUCUGGGUGAAGAGAAACUGCAAACGCAAUGGCUUCAACAGGUGCCGUGACUGCUCAAAUAUCAAAUCUACAUGGAGCCACUAAUUGGAAGAAGGCCAUCCAUUCACCCUCCCUUGGUAACUUUAAUUUGAAUACAAAUCUAGCUUGUAAGCAGCUUUUAUCAUCGACAUUUCGUCGAAAAACUGGCCAUAAUUAUAAGUCUCUCCGUGUGUAUGGGCUGUUUGGAGGAAAAAAGGAAAAUGGUGACGAGGGUGAUGGUGCACCUUCCAAGGCAGGAAUUUUCGGAAAUAUGCAAAAUCUCUAUGAGACGGUGAAGAAAGCACAAAUGGUUGUCCAGGUUGAGGCUGUGAAGGUGCAAAAAGAACUAGCUGCAGCAGAAUUUGAUGGCUAUUGUGAAGGUGAGCUGAUAAAGGCAACAUUAUCUGGAAACCAGCAGCCUAUACGCAUAGAGAUUACUGAGGCAGCAAUGGAACUUGGUGCAGAAAAGCUAUCAUUUUUAGUUAAUGAAGCAUACAAGGAUGCACAUCAAAAGAGUGUCCAGGCCAUGAAAGAAAGGAUGAGCGAUCUUGCGCAAAGCUUAGGAAUGCCACAAGGUCUUGGUGAGGGAUUAAAGCAACAAUGAUCUCCCAACUGGUCCCCGAUGGGAGCUUAGCAAGGGAUUAAACGAUGGUCAAAUCUCCAGCAGUCAACACCUGGAUGAGCUUUCAAUUUUUGUAUACAAAUCAAUGCAGAAAAUGCUCAUAUAUAUGCUUUUUACCAUGAAACUGCGUUGUGGUUUUAGUUUUCUGAUGGAACUCACACUUUUUAUUCUAAAAUGCCUUGAUGACUUAAAAAUAUCUGUUCAACUUCAAGGUGGUAUUGCACAUUCCAAAAUGGAAAUAUGAUGGUACAGUGCAUGCAUCCUUCCAUGGAUUUGUAAGUUUAAACAGUAUGUUACUUAACAAUAUGCUAAGUAGAAACACUAUAUAUGUUACUUGAAA